CCCUAUAUUUAGAGCACUCUAUAUUAGGAGCAGUCCCUAUAUUUAGAGCACUCUGUAUAUUAGUAGUAGUCCCUAUAUUUAAAGCACUCUGUAUAUUAGGAGUAGUCCCUAUAUUUAGAGCACUCUGUAUAUUAGGAGUAGUCCCUUUAUUUAGAACACUCUGUAUAUUAGGAGUAGUCCCUAUAUUUAGAGCACUCUGUAUAUUACAAGCAGCCUGUAUUUUAGGAGGACUCCAGGGUUCCCGCAGUGGCUCCGGCCCAUCAUGCUUUGCUGCAGUAAGCUGCGGUGUUGCCGGGUGCCGGUCACCCUGGUCAUCCUGGUCAUUUACUUCUGUUACCUGCUCCUGGGGGCCGCCGUCUUCUGGGCCCUGGAGAACGAGGCCGAGCAGGAUCAGACCCUCAACUUCCAGCAGGAGAAGUGGGAGCUGCUGAGGAACCACACGUGUAUGGACGACAAGACCCUCGACAUGUUCAUCAGGGGUAUCAUACAGGCGUAUAAGAACGGGAUUCCUCUUCUGGGAAAUGACACCAGUGCGGACAGAUGGGACUUCACUGGAUCUUUCUUCUUCUCAGUGACGGCCAUAACAACAAUUGGUUACGGUAACGUGAGCCCCAGCACCGCUGGCGGUCGCAUCUUCUGCAUCUUCUUUGCGCUCUUCGGGAUCCCGCUGAACCUGAUCCUGCUGAACCGUCUGGGGCGAAGGAUGCUGCGUCUGGUGCAGAGAGCUGCCGAAUUCCUGGGGAGGAAAACUCGGCGACAGAAAACAGUGAAGUUCCUCUCCAGCACCUGCGCCCUGGUGUCCGGUCUUCUCCUCUUCUUCUUGCUGCCGCCCAUCCUCUUCCGGGCGAUGGAGGGCUGGACGUACGAGGAGGGCUUCUAUUACGCCUUCAUCACCCUGAGCACUAUUGGUUUUGGAGACUAUGUCAUCGGGCAGGUCCCGGAGAAGAAUUAUCCUAACUGGUACCGGAACGUGGUGUCGCUGUGGAUCCUGUUCGGCCUGGCGUGGCUCUCCCUCAUCAUCAACCUCUCUAUAAACCUCCUGGAGAGCUCCCCGGACUUCUGCCUGUGCUGUAAGAGGAAAGUGGAGGAGAAGAGGGACCUGGAGCUCAUAGAGGUCACUCUGAACGGACGGGCCCCCACACCUCUACAGGGCCCCGAGGACUCGGAAUCCACCUCCAGCACCAGCAAAGCCGACUCACUGGAGUGACACCGGAACAAUGGACAAAGGGGGCGCUGGGUGUCCACGAGAGCAGCGUCUGUGCUGGACAGGUCACCGAUAUACAUCCCUCCUGAAGUACUCUGCGCUGCUGGAGGACCCUGCUCCUUCCACAACAAACAUUCAGUCUGUGACCUUCAGCAGGAUCAACACCCUCCGCUCCCGAAAUACCCUGUGCAAUGGGGACCCUGAUCCCUCCACUAAGUCAUUGUCAAUAUUUGACCUUCAUAAGACUUAGAGCACUCCUCUCCUGAAAUACUUUGUUGUGCUGCUGCUAGUGGGGAAGGGGUGGGGGG